AUGGAUGAUAUAAAUGUGGAAGAUUUUAUAAAUGAAAUUGAAAUACGUCCUGCUAUAUGGAACUCCAAAAGUGACAAACACAGUAAUCGGACGGAAACAAAAAAUGCUUGGGAAGGUAUUUGUGAAAAAUUUAUAGAGGAUUUCAAAAAUAAAACUACUGGUGAAAAAAACUCAGCAGCAAUGGUACUUCAAAAGAAAUGGAGACAUAUAAGAGAUGCAUAUACAAGAGACUUGAAAAAGCAGCGAGAAUCAAAAAGUGGAUCCGAAGCAAAAAGACAACGAAAAUAUGUUUAUUUUGAUCGACUGCAAUUUUGGUCGGAACUGUAUGAAAUAAAACCAGAUUCAAAAGAAAAAAAUAAACAAAUUUGUAACGAUUCUACUGCGUCAACAUCGAAAAAUAAAACUAAGAGUUCAUCUGCCGACGAUAACAACGAAACUAAUGCGCUUUUAAAAAUACUUGCAGAAAGAAUACAGAAUAAAAAAAAUGCAAGACAAGAUGAUUCCGAAGAUGGGGAUAGAUAUUUUUUAUUGUCUUUAUUAAACGACUUUAAGAGGAUCCCGGAAAGUCGUAAAAUGGAUGCCAAAUACGACAUAAUAGGAAUAAUUCGAAAAUACGCGACGCCACAACCGUAUACUCGUGAUAAUUAUUCGGAAUUUUAUGAACAACAACGCGGCUACUUUACGAAUCCAUCUCCAGGAUCUCAAACACAAACAUCUAAUAAUCAGCUUCAGUCUACAGCAGAGGAAAUUGCAGCAAUCUCAUCCAUAUCUAAUUUGAGUGAAGAUUCGGAAAGUUCCAUAUAUAAUGAUCUUUUUACAGACGAUAUUCCCACA